AUGGUUUCUAUUGUUUACAGUAGCGGGCAUGCCUUGAUCCCCGUUACAGCGUCGAGCGAGAGCGCCUUGGAAGGGCCUACUUCGACAGCAGCACCGCCUCCUCCGCCGCCGGCGACAAGCAGUGCUUCCGCAGUAUCGUCACCAGAUGUAAAGACACCGCUGCAGACUUCGAACGCCCCUGCGCCAGCGACAGCUGAGACCAACGUACCGUCUCCAUCAUUCACCUACGCGCCAACUGCCGAAUCUUCCUCUGCGCCUCCACCACCUUCAACGCCGGCACCAAGCUCCCAAACACCAGCGGCGGAACCAGCAACCGCGCACGUCGAAUCUUCACAGCAGGGAGGCGUUGCUGCCCCUUCGCCUUCUCCCUCUGUCCAGGCUCCAUCAGCAUCGUCACCAAACAACGCAGCGCCAUCUUUCACGUACGAGCCUUCUAGCGACGCUCCGGCUCCUACUCCCGUGAACUCGGCGCCAGUUACGACUCCCGAAUUUACUUUCGCGCCAGCGCCCUCGAGUGAGAACCAGGCUCCUCCUCCCGCUAGCUCUCCGCAUUUCUCCUUUGCGCCUGCGCCUUCGAGUGAGAGUGCGGCGCCUCCUCCAGCGAGCACUGGACAGUUUUCUUUUGCGCCUGCUCCUGCGGCCCCGAGCAACAUUGCAGCACCCGCACCAGCACCAGCACUUCCAGCCUCCGCUCCAAGCGCUCCUGCAGCCGUCCCAGCGCCAGCAGCUCAGAACGCAGCACCAGUUCAGGCUCCCGUCAGUGCUGCUCCCGUCCCAGCUCCAGCAGCAGCCAUCGCAGUACCCUCAUCUCCAGCUGCCGCCCCAGCAGCCCCAGCGACCAACAACGCCCCUCCAUCAGCAGCCGUCAUCGUCCCCGUCCCAAACGGCCCAGCAGGAAACGCAGUACCCGCCGGAGAAAUGCCAGCAGCAGCAGCAGCAGCAGCAUCAGCACACGCAGCUCCCCCAGCUCUUGCUCCAGCAGCAAACACUCCCCCAAAUAACGCCGUAGUCCCAAUGGCACCAGCAGCAACCAGCGCAUCGACCAAAUUAGCAGUCCCAAACGCCGCCACUCCCUCUUCAGCAGCAGCAGCAGCAGCGACAACUCUCCAGACUCUGGCCUCGCCCACCUCGUCGGAAUCCCUCGCAACCGUCACCGUAACUCCCCGUCCUCAACCCGCCUCUUCCUCCUCCUCCUCCUCCUCCUCCUCCAGAUAUUCCAGCUCCGAUUCCUCCUCCUCCUCCUCCUCCUCCUCCCCUCUCACCUAUGAAUCCCACACCAUGUCUCUGUCCGGAGCAACCAUCGCAGCCUCCCCUUCUUCUCUCUCUCCCUCGCCAACGAACACGGGCCCGGAAUUCGGAAGUUCGGAUUUCCAGGGCGUCCAGAACGCCGCGGGAUCUAUGAGAUUGCAUGGGAGUUGGUCGUUGGUGGCUUUUGGUAUGGCUUUGGGUAUGGCUGUGGUUUUGGUGUAA